GCCCUCACAGCACAACCAAAUCCACCUUCAAUUUUCCUAUUUCUAUUUCUUUUCAAACCACUACUUAUAUUGUAAAUUGUAAAUUGUAAAUUUAGCAGCUCCAGCUUUUAAUUAAACUGAAGUAAUUUUUGCCAUUGAAUGUUAGAAAGAGAGACUUCGAAUUGUUGUUACAGAAAGUAUGACAGAGAAUCAAUAUUAUUCACCUUCCCAUUCGGACCCAUCUCGACCUUCAUUAGGCUUCCCUCUGGGCACUGCCCUCCUCUUGCUAAUCAUCUUCAGCUUGAGUGGCAUCUUUUCUUGUUGCUACCAUUGGGACAAACUCCGUUCUCUCCGUCGAUCCUUCUCCGAUCCCGAAGCCGGCGAUGACCCUUCUUCUUUGAAAUCUGAACGUGCCCACACGAAUUGGAAGCAAAACCAAAUAUCAAAUAUGUCGGCAGUGUUGAUGCCUGGAGAUCAAGUACCAAAGUUCAUAGCAUUGCCAUGUCCAUGUCAGCCUCUCCGACCAGGAAAGGUAGUUGUAGAGAUGCAGCAGCCACCGCCGCCGCCGCCUUCUCCUCCGAAGCCACCUCAUAUGGGAGUGGCAGUACCUUUCUAUUAGCAAAGCUACCGCGGAAAUUUUUAGAACUGGACUAGUAAUUGGUUAUGUGUUUAGUGGAUAUAGAAUUGUAGUUCAAUCAAAUUCGUAAUGUUUUUAACUUGUAAAUAUUAAUGAAAUUUGAGCAAUUUUCUAAUACGUUUUUUUAUUA